AUGGGUCCUACACAACCAUACAACUUUGGCUACAGUAGCAUAGACGAUGUCGGCACGCAAACCUUCCGCAAGAAGCAAGGAGACGCUAGCAACGCUAAAAGAGGUUCUUACGGAUACCGGAAUGCAUUUGGCAUGUUCCGACGCGUCGACUAUGUGGCCGACGCACAUGGUUUCCGUACCAAUGUGCGGACCAACGAACCGGGAACAGCGCCUGCCACCAGCGCCAACGCCAUGUUUGACGUCAAGCCAUCUGCUUCCCUCUCUGUCCUGGUUCAAGGAGCAGCGUCUGGUCGCUAUGCCCACCAUGCUCAAUCACCUGCGGGCGCAGCCUUUGGAGGAUUUAGUGGCCCGCUACCAUGGGCUGGUUAA